GUUUUAUGUUUGACAAUAACAAUAGAAUAAGUUUCGUUGAGAGAUUGGUCAAGCUUGACGAAAAUUUAUUUUCAAUAUAAUAAGCCUAAAUAAUGUAUUCAUGUUUAUAGUAUAAGUCCACAGCAGCACUAAAGCCAAGAGAUAAAAUGGCUUUAUAUGAGGGCAUCGCGCUCAUCCAGGAGAAGCAAGCAGUAGUGCUCGAUCUCAGUUCCGAGUAUACGAAGUUUGGUUUCACGGGCGAGGCAGCGCCUCGCUGCAUCAUACGCUCACAGUUCUGGAGCCCUGAGCUGCGCCGGUUCAAAAGAGUCUAUGACUAUGCCAAUGAAGAUGAGCUGUAUGACAACCUGGUGCACAUGCUGCAUCUACUCUACUUCAGACAUGUGUUGGUCAACCCUAAAGAGAGGCGUGUGGUUGUGGUAGAGUCACUGCUGACUCCCACAGCUUUCCGUGAGACACUUGCCAAGGUGCUCUUCACACACUACGAGGUGUCUGGCGUCGCAUGGGCCGAUAGUCCGCGCCUGUGCGCGUUGACACUGGGUGCGCCCAUAGUGCUCGUCGUCGAGAUCGGCGCGCGCGAGGCCGAGGUCUGUGCAGUGGUACAUGGGUCGGUGGUGUUAAAAGCACUGCAAGCAGCUCCGUUGGGUGCUUUAGCGGUGCGGGCCGAGCUCGCGCGCAUCCUCGACGAGGAUAACAAGACAGAAUUAAACCUGGAUCCGACAGUGCUCGAAGAUAUUGCAGUGAAAACCUGCCUAGUCACGACGCGCGAUCGGGCUCUGCAGUGGGCUUCCGAUUCCCCACCAACCCCAGCCAAGAGCGUGCGCUACCCGCUGCCGUCCGGCGCCGCCGUCACCGUGACCGGGCGCGCGCGCGAGCUGAGCGCCGAGCCGCUGUUCCUGCGCGACAGCGAGUACAGCUCGCUGCCCGACCUGUUGCUGCAGUGCAUCAUGCAGUGUCCCAUCGACGUGCGGCGCGCCCUGGCGGACAACGUCCUGGUGUGCGGCGGCGGCGCCGCGCUGCCAGGCCUGCGCGCGCGGCUCAAGGCCGAGCUGCAGCACGCGCUCACCGACCCCGUCUACAGCGAACGCCUUCACCUGACGUCUGUAAAGUUCCACAACGCGCCCUCGCACUGGAACUGCGUGUCGUGGCUGGGCGGCGCGCUGCUGCUGGCGGGCGCGGGCGCGGGCGAGGCGGCGCGCGCGGCGCCGCGCGAGGCGUUCCUGCGCGAGCGCCGCCUGCGCGACUGGGUGUGCCUGCUCGACAACACGCCGCCGCACCAUCCCGCCAGGGAACACCACCAGAUCUAACGGGUU